UUCUUGAUUGUAUUGAAGAUUUGUCUUUAACAAAACGUUGUAGCUUUGUUGGGGCUGUUCUUAUGUCUGAUAAUCAGGCAGUAAAAUUCUUUGAUUAUUUGAAGAUUAAUAAAGUCGAAUUAAACAGCAAUCACAUUGAAUAUAUUUGUCGGAUAGCUAUUUCAACGAAAAAUCCAACCAUAGUUGAACCACUUGUGGAUAUGCCUGAUUUUAUAAAUAGAAGUCUUCCUCUUCUUGCAAUGCUCUAUGAGACUUUGGCUUUAAUUUAUGAUAAACUUGAAUGGUUAUGGAAAUUUAUUUUGGAUAGAAAAAGGCAUAGAGGAAGGGAUUUUGGUCAUUUUAGAUUUGCACUUAAUCGAAUAGCACAUUUUUAUCGUUGUUCAAAUACAAGGUCACCAAGAGAAUUAUCUACAGUACUUUCAAGGCUUGAUAAUAAUACACUUAUUUUUAAAAAGGAAAAAGAAGAAAGGAAGUUAUAA